ACGAAUCGGCAAUCUGGCCGGUGCACUUAGUAGCAACUUUGGAGUGCUUUCGUGCAGUGUAUUUGGCGUUUGUUGUUGUUGUUGUUUUGGAGUUUCGGAGUUUGUCGGUGUUGUUGUUGUUGUUGCUUGCCUGCGUCUCGAGAUAAAACCGUCAUCCGAUAAUUGAUUAUCACUCCCCAACAAAUCUGUCCCAAUCGAACAUCUGGUUGGACAGCUUGAAAACGGCAAAUUGGUACAACUUCCUGUGACGACAACCUCCGAACAAAAAAAACCCCGUCGAAUCAAGCAUGAAAUCCAUUUCACUGAUCCUGCUGGCGUUGGCUGCAGUUCUUUUCUCGGUGGCAGCCGGACAGCAGCAAAAGUACACCGAUAAGUUCGACAACGUCAACGUGGACCAGGUGCUGGGCAAUGACCGGAUUCUGAGCAACUACAUCAAGUGCCUGCUGGAUAAGGGCCCUUGCACCCAGGAAGGACGGGAACUGAAGAAAACCCUUCCGGAUGCUUUGAGGACCAACUGCGACAAGUGCAGCGAAAAGCAGAAGAACAACUCCCGCAAGGUCAUCAGCCAUCUGGAGACGAAGAAGCCCGCCGAAUGGAAGAAACUGCUGGACAAGUACGACCCGGAAGGCAUCUACAAGAGUAAAUUCGAGAAACUCAACAAGGGCCGCCGAUAAGGAGUGGAACAGGGUGUUUUUUCCUCUUCUUCUAUUUUUUUAACUGUUUCGGUUUAACUGCCGUACGUUAGGAGAUUUUAUUUUAUAUCAUUCAUAUUCUCUUUCUACGCGGUGUGAUAAGGAGAAGUUCUCUCAGCCGGCGUGGGCUUAGCGCACCCACCAAACGUCAAGGUACAAUUCAUGCUGAUAAGUGUAGCAAAUUUUCACUCACAGCCAUACGACUUUAAGAUAUUCGAUCAGGUUUCAAUAAAUUAAUCAUUUAUAGAUAAAA